CUAGUCUUUGCUAUAGGAGGGCGACCUCCUAGGCAGAGUUGUUGAGUUUUUGGAACUCACGAACUGUGAAUAGCAGGGAUGCAUUUUAAAUAGGUGCAAACAUACUGGCCUGCUGGUCUUGGCUGGAGUUUCUGUAUGUGUCUUUAGAAAUACCAGCGGUGAUAAAGCCAUUUAUUCAACAAACAUACAAUUAUUUCUCCAGCAAAAAAGGGAAGGACAGGUUUAUGAAAGAGUAUAAACUUGAGGUUGAAUCAAAAGAGCCAACUUCUCCAAACAAACCGAAGAUUCAGUAUGUUGAUAGAGAGCAGAUGAGGGAUUGGUGUGAUAUUGCAAUGGAAUCCCUGAUGGGCAGCGAGACAGAUAUCAAUGAAGAGGUUAUAGAAGAGUAUAAACGCUGCUCCGACGAUCAAAAGAACCUAACAUCGUUUAAUUCUUUUCCUGGUGUUUCUGAUUUCCUAAAUGACGUGUUGAAAGCUGGUAGGGAGGAUUUUCCUGAAAUGCUUUGGAAGCACGAGAAAAGAUUGGAAGCUACUGGAACUACACGUACAUUCAUGAAUAUCGUUUGUUAUACGCUCACGGAUUUCCACUCCAAUUGCAAGCAGUUAACACGCAACAAUAAUAACCACAAACGUACUUCGUUUGUUAAAUAUAUCAUACCAAUGUUUAAGUACUUCAGCCAGGAAACAAACCUUAUCGAAUUCUCUUGGUGUGAAAAGGGUCUAGAGACGUAUGGAAUGGCUGCUUUGGAAAAUAACAACUAUGUUGCGAGCUAUUCAGAUAGAAAGUAUGCAGAUGCUUUGGGGAAAAAUACGGUGACCGACAAUGAGGAGUUUUUUAUCGAGUCUAGUAGUGGAUUCGAAAAGGAGAAUGUUAGCCACUCUUUGGAUGAUACGCUUAAAUUAUUGGCAGAGUGUAGCAGUGCGUUACUUCAUAUUAUUAAGCAUAAUAAGAAGGCUAGUAUCGACACCAUGAUCAAAAGUGCACACUUGGCGUCCAAGUAAUCAAAAAAACCUUGACACUGACAAAGUUGACCCUAUCAAAGACUGGCAAGUGGAAACUUAUUGAAGUAAGAUCGAGUUGUACACCAACUUGUUGGGAAUUGCGCAGUCAUUGGAAGCCCCUGUUUGAAAUGAUGGCAACUAUAUAUCUUGAAUUAUUGGAACAACAAAAUUUGGACAAAAUUAUCAUGGAAGAGGUUUGCAGCUUAAGAGUAUUGCCAUCGCAGUCAGUUGCUGAUCACUUUUUAAAUACAAAUGUUUAAUUGUUGUUAUAUUUAUUGUCUACUUGGAAUCUGAACUGAUACGAAAAAUUUUCUGUUUGCUACUGUAAAAGUCAACAGCUAGCCCAACAAAAUAAAAAUAAAAAUAAAAAAACCCCAAUAAAUAGUACGACUUAAAAGUACUCGAUGCCAAUCCA